AUGCUUCCUUACGAUAGUCUGAACGGAAUGUUGAACGCGAUGGAUACAAUGUCGCGCCGCAGAAGCCUUGAGGGAUUUGAUAUUACGUUUCCUGUCGAUGAAAUAGUGGGUCCUCGGAAAAGCUUGCGAGGAUCAAAUAUCACUCUCCCUCUAGAUCCUAAUUUUGUCGUAUCGAUAUACCACGAGUUCGACGGCAUCUUGAGGGAUUUUCCGCUGGCCAGGGACAGCGUAUUACUUUUUGAGCUUCUGCCAAAUACACAGGUCGCCAAGAUUCAUAACGAUGCCACCGCGUUUGCCAGUCGUGGUCCUUAUUAUAAUGUCAGUUCUCUAUUUAGAUGGCACGACUCUCAUCUGGACAAGAAAAUACACUCGCUGCAGACGGAUCUGAUGAGCCGGAUUGGAACACGGGCAGGAAUCCGAGUCCGCCCCGAUUAUAACAUAACCAGGCACGGAACAGGAGUAUAUGCGAACUAUGCGGGUAUUUUGACGCAUCUGGCACAAAAAAAUCGCAGGAAUGAUUUGCCCAAUGAGGAAAUUUUUGGACAUAACCUCGCACGACUUAGGGGGCUGAAGAAGAAGUAUGAUCCUGAUAAUAUAUUCAGAAAGUGGCACAACAUUAAAGCGCUCUAUCGACACUCCAGGAUAGCCUCUGAACAGUAUGGAUAG